AUGGCGGCCCUGGGAGUCGAGAUCUUAAUGCAAUCCGAGUUGGGAGUUACCAACUUUAGGGCACAUUCGCUCCUUGUUGCCUCAAGAGCAUCACUGCUACCAUGGUUGAGCGAGUUCCCCAUCUCCGAAGCAGGCUCUAAAUUGUUUAUAUUAGGGCGUCAGUAUGGCAUUGUCUUUCCUCCAUCCUCGACAAGAGGAGGACCACCACCACCAGGGGGACCGGGAGGACCACCGCCACCAGGGGGACCGGGAGGACCACCGCCACCAGGAGGUCCAGGAGGUCCUCCCCCUGGAGCUCCUGGAGGGCCGCCUCCCCCUGGAGGACCAGGCGGACCUCAUGGAGGUCAUGGAGGACAUCAUUGCGGCCAUGGAGGACAUGGAGGUCGUUGUUAA